CGUCGCCACCGGCCCCGGCUCCGUCGCGCUCACCGUCCCGCAGGCCAAGCUCGUCGACCACAGGCGCGGCCGCACCGCCACCGAGGUCUUCGACGGCUUCUCCGCCGUCCUGCCGCCCGACUCCACGCAGAAUGAUAUCUUUACUCAAGUGAUGAACCCGCUAGUGGACGAGUUCUUGGGAGGAAAGAGCGGCCUUCUGGUUGCCAUGGGUCCGACGGGGUCCGGCAAGACGCAUACCGUCUUUGGUACUGCGAGAAAUCCCGGCUUAGUACCGCAGACGCUACAGAAGAUCUUCACUGCGGCGGAUGAAUCCGAAGGUGGCAACCAAUCGCCAAGAUCGUUUUACUUGUCAGUGUUUGAGAUUCUUUGUGAAGGAAAAGGAGAACGGAUUCUCGAUCUUUUGUCCGAUGCAGCAGAACUUGUACUCCAGCAGUCAGGAACAAUUAAAGGCCUUAAAGAGGUGGCCAUUUCAAAUGUCAUGGAUGCUGAGAGUUUACUUUCUCGUGGAAUGCUUAAGCGUAGCACAGCUGCAACAGACGCUAAUAUGGAGUCAAGUCGGUCACAGUGUAUUAUCAUUAUACGUGCUGCUCAUAAAAACAUUGACCAACAAAGUGAGCACCCGAUUAGUGGGCCUGUCCUGACCAUUGCCGACCUUGCUGGGGCAGAGCGAAAAAAGAAUACUGGAAAUAAGGGUUCAAGGUUGUUAGAGAGUAACUUUAUCAACAACACAUCCAUGGUUUUCGGUCUCUGUCUGAGGGCUUUGUUAGAUCAUCAGAAAAAUCAGAAGAAAACCUUGGAGAAACAUUUUAAGAACUCAAUGUUGACGAAGUACUUGAAAGACUACCUGGAAGGAAGAAAGAAGAUGACUCUGAUUUUAAACGUGAAACCAGGAGAAGAUGAUUACGCUGAUACAUCAUAUUUGCUUAGACAAGCAUCUCCUUACAUGAAAAUAAGGUACACCAGCCUUGAUGAAUCUUCUGACUUGGUUUCCCAAAAGAGAACCAAUGUUUCCCUUGUUUGCCAAGAGAACAAGAAAAAGAGGAAGGUUAACAAGCCCGAACCUGAAGUUCUUACGCAAGCACAUCUCAAUUCAGAGCUGCAAAGAGUGCCCCGUAGUGAACAAAUCAUGAAGAACCUUUUCAAUGCUUUAUGGACUGUUUCAAAACAAAAGCUUUCGGAGUCUGAGGUUGCUGUUAAAAGAAUGCAAGAAUUGCUCAGAGAUAAAGACAUCGAAAAUAUAGAGCUGAAAAAGGAGUUGGACUACCUGAAGGCUCGUUGUUCACACGAGAAGUUUCCAAUUGCUGAAGAUACCCAUGUUAAGGAAAGUAAUGCUGCAUCAAUUGCUCAAAGCUCGGUUUCUCAAUCUAAUCAAACUGACAUGGUAUCCAGUGACGCUGCAUUAGAAAAUUUCCAUUUGAGCACUGAGCUGGUACAAAAGAUCUCAGAAGAAUCUACAUAUUCUGAUCCAGAAAUGUCUUCAGCUUAUUGUGAUAUGACAGAGAAAUCCGUUGACUGUGAUACCUCUGUUGCUAAUUUGAUAGAUGAACAAGAGUUGAGCUCCAGAUAUUUGAAGAAAGAGGAAUCAUGCACUCCUGAUGUUACUGAACCCAAGUGCGAUCUGAAAAAGGAAAAUACUGAGAUAAUGGGACAAGUGGGCAACAAGGAGUCUGAUGGUUCUGAGAGCCGUUCUGAGCAAACAUCUGCACCUGACGGUGGUGUAACACAUGCACCCAGUCAUUUGGAUGAUCCAUCUGAGCUAAGCUUUACAGAACUUCAUAUAGUUCCAUGUAAUCUUUCCGCACAGUUUACUGAUAUACAAGUCAGUGAGAAAGCUCCCACGGAACAAAGUGAAGAAGAGGAGUUAAGCAGCAAUACAGAAGUGGAGAGUAUUCACCAUGAUGUCGAUAUAAAAGAAAUGAAGCAUCAUGAUUAUCCAAGUUCCUCUCAGGAAGCAAACUCAGACACGGGUGACAAUCGGCCUUCCAUAGAGCUGCAAGGGAUGGGUGCUGCUCAACAGAAUCCUGAUGAACUGGUGCAUGAGCUAGGAAGAUGCGAGCCCAUGCUAAAGGAGGCUGCUGCAGAACACGCACAUGGCCGACAGGUACCGGAUGAAGGACUUCCCCAGACAAAGGCUUCAAUAGCUCCAACCAAGGACUGCCAGGCAGAAGGAACCGCGGAUGAUAAAAAAGAGAACCUUGGCAUGGAAGAAGCAAAUGAGGACCUUUGCGCUUCGAAGCCUCGCGAAAACACAAAGAAAACAACAAGCAGGAGGAGGUUGCGGCCGCGAUCGGACAUGACGCUCAAGGAGUUCACCGGCCUUGACAUUGACGCCAUGGACUCGAAGAGGGCCGCGGAUGGAGGAGGCGCGCAGUCGGCGACGGUUGCUGGGCGAUCGGACGCGCUCAUCCGGCUCCUCAGAGCAAAGCCCCAGCCCAUGAGGCCUCGCUGGGGCUAGAGAAGAACACCCACCCAAUCAAUUAGAUAAAAUUCAGACCGUCAAAUCAAUUUGGUUUGGUGUAGCUAUUAUUAUUACUUCUCCACGGUGUGGUUCUUCUGUAGGAUUUUUUCACCAAGUCCCAGUUCACAAUUAAACUUUUGGUGACACAUGGAAAUUUAUCUAUCUAAGAAACUCUCUCAUCA